AUGGGUAGUACAAUAGCUCAAAAAGGGCUUUUAGCUUUGUCGAUAAUUUUCAUUUUUGCUGGAAUUUGUCUGACUUGUGGAGGUGCUUUUUCACCGGCUUGGCAAGUUGUCGAUAUUCGGGAAUUCAGGGCUGAACAUCAGGUGAGUGGGGAGGUUAGAGACGCAGAGAGAGGCUAGAGAGGCUAGAGAGGCUAGAGAGGCUAGAGAGGCUAGAGAUGUUAGAGAGGCUAGAGAGGCUAGAGAGGCUAGAGAGACUAGAGAGGCUAGAGAGGCUAGAGACGGCUAGAGAGGUUAGAGAGGUUAGAGACGGCUUGAGACGGCUAGAGACGGCUAGAGACACAGAGAGGCUAGAGGGGCUAGAGAGGCUAGAGAGGCUAGAGACGGCUAGAGAGGCUAGAUACGAAGAGAGGUUAAAGACGCAGAGAGGCUAGAUAGGCUAGAGAUGCUAGAGAGGCUAGAGAGGCUAGAGAGGCUAGAAAGGCUAGAGAGGCUAGAGAGGCUAGAAAGGCUAGAGAGGUUAGAGACGCAGAGAGGGUGGAGAGGUUAGAGAGGCUAGAGAGGCUAGAGAGGCUAGAGAGGCUAGAAAAGUUAGAGAGGCUAGAGAGGCUAGAGAGGCUAGAGAGGUUAGAGACGCAGAGAGGGUGGAGAGGUUAGAGAGGUUAGAGAGGUUAAAGAGGCUAGAGAGGCUAGAGAAGUUAGAGAGGAUAGAGAGGCUAGAGAGGUUAGAGACGCAGAGAGGCUAAAGAGGCUAGAUACGAAGAGAGGUUAAAGACGCAGAGAGGCUAGAGAGGCUAGAGAGGCUAGAGAGGUUAGAGAGGCUAGAGAGGCUAGAGACGGCUAGAGAGGUUAGAGACGCAGAGAGAAUUUUCUGAAACGAAAAAUUUCCCGGAUAUUUUAGGUUUCAAAAUUUUUAUAUGAAUUUUUGCAAAAUUUUUAAAAAUAUUGUGUGUGGCAUAAAAAUUGUAACGGAGAAGAAAACAAAUUUUUUGAAAAAUCAAUUUUCGCCACGUGGAAAAACUGAUUUUUUAUAUUUAGCCUAACUUCAAAGCUCUCAAAAUUUGGGAAAAAAUCAGAAAAAUUUCAAAAAAAAAUCCCGGAUUAUUUAGGUUUCAAAAAUAUUUCAUGAAUUUUGAAAUUUUUUUUGAAAAUUUGAUUAGCUAUUGGAUUUUUAUGGGCAAAAAUAACUUCACAAGUUGGCCUAACUCAACCUAACCUAAAAACAUCCCAAUUUUUUGCAGCACGGUCUUUGGUGGGAUUGUAUCCGCGCGGAAAAACACGUGGUUUCCGUCGGCGAUUUUUACGACGAGACUCCAUUGCACUGCAUGUACAAAUUCGAUAAUUCGGCCGAAUUGGUCAUUCAGAACACUUUGAAUAAUAUUGAUGAAGAUGGAGCUGCUGGAGAAUCGGAGCAUCAUAGAUUUUGGGGUACUGUAGAUUUUUCGCCAUGAAAUUUGGAGCAUUUUGAGACCAAAUUCGCUACUGUAAAUUGGAAUUUUCAAAUUUUUGCGCCUGACCAAAUUGGGUCUUAAAAUGCUCCAAAUUUUCGCGCGAAAAAUCUACAGUAACCCAAUUUUUUGCAGCCUGGCACAAAGCCAUUCUCUUCUUCAUUAUCACCUCCGAAUUUUUGGCAUUCGUCUCGAUUUGCACAGGAGUUUGUGCACCGUGUCUUCCACCAACAGCUUUCGCCUUCACAAUUUCACUUUUCAUUGCCAGUGAGUUUUUUUGGAGCGAAAAUUUGAAAUUCAAAUUCAAAUUUGAAUUUUUUGUAGUGAUUUGCUCGCUUUUGUCUGAUGGAAUUUUCUUUUUGGCCGCAAAUCGAGUCGAUAACAGAUUUGUUCAAGGAAUGGUUGGAACUUAUGAGGUAAGUGAAUGUGACGCAAGAAAUUUAGUUACAGUAACCUAAAUUUAAGCCUAAAAUUAGAUUUACAGCCUGAAAUUUCAGAAAUUUUUAAAAUAAAAAAUUCACUGUUUCAAUGUUGAACAAAUUUUGAAAAUCUGCCCAAAACUCACAUUUUCUGAUUCAAACAGUGAAUUUUUUUUCAAUUUUUUUGUGAGAAAAAAUUCACUGUUUCAAUAAAAAAAAAGAAAAGUUUUGAACAAUUUUUAAAAAUCAUUCCGAUCUUCUGAAUUUCCUGAGAAUCUCGUGAAAUUUCUGUGAGAUUUUGAAAAUUUGCUAAAAAAUGUUGGCUGAAAAUUUGUGAGGGGAGAGAUUUUGAUGCCAAUUUUUGAUGAUUUUUGAGCUACACUGGCAUAUUUAGUGGAAUUUUGAAAUUGAAAAAAAUUGAGAACAUUCAGUUUACCAGAAUCUCAAAAAAAAAUUAAAAAUUUAUUAUUUUUUUUGAAACAGCGAAUUUAGUCCAUUGUUAUGAGAUCAUUUUCGAAAAUCUGCCCAAAACUCAUAUUUUCUCCUUGAAACAGUGAAUUUUUUUAGACUUCUAUUUUUUUUUUUGUUUAAUAUUUUGUGAGAAAAAAUUCACUGUUUCAAUGAAAAAUUGAAAAGUUUUGAACAAUUUCUCAAAAUAAUUGGAAAUGAUCAACUUUUUUCGAAAAUCUUGUAAAAUUUUUCUGAGAUUUUGAAAAUUUUCUCACAAAAUUUUGGCUGAAAAUUUAUAAUGCAUAGAAUUUUUUGUGAUUUUCGAGCAACAAUAGGCUAGAUUUAUAGCCCAGAAGUAAAUUUUGUGGAGGAACCUAUUUCUAUUGAUUAUUUUGGAAAAUUUUCCAAAACUCACAUUCUCUCAUUGAAACAGUGGAUUUUUUUGUUAAAAAUUUUUUGUGAAAAAAUUCACUGUUUCAAUGAAAAAUUGAAAAGUUUUGAAGAAUUUUUAAAAAUUAUUCAGUGCAUUUACCGAUUCACCAGAAUCUCAAAAAAUAUCAAAACUUUUAUUUUUUAGUUGAAACAGUGAAUUUAGUCCAUUGUUAUGAGAUCAUUUUCAAAAAUCUGCCAAAAACUCAAAUUUUCUCAUUGAAACAGUGAAUUUUUUCAAAAUUCCAUGUUUUUUUGUUAAAAAUUUUAGUGAAAAAAUUCACUGUUUCAAUGAAAAAUAAAAUCUUUCUGACAAUUAUUCAAGAUAAUGGGUGAGCCACUCUAUUCUAAUUCUGAAAAAUCUGAAAAUUCACAGAUAUUCUGAAGAUAAAUGUCGUCUGGCAUUCUUCUAUAAAAAUUCAAAAAAUUAAUCUGAAAUUGCAUUUUGAGACCUGAUUUCUAAAAAAAAUAGGGAUUUGAAUUUUGAAAUAUAUUUUUGUUAUUUCCCAUGAGCUUCUGGGAAUUCACAGAAUUUCUGGAUUGUUUUUUGCAAAAUAGGUUUUUUAUCAUCAUUAUUCCAAAAAACUGUUUAAAACUCAUAUUUUACCAUUGAAACAGUGAAUUUUUUCAAACACCGAAUAGAUCUUUUUUUGGCUAAAAGUUCAAUUUUCCUGUGAAUUUUUAUUUUUGUGAGAGAAAAAAUUCACUGUUUCAAUGAAAGAUUGAAAGUUUUGAACAAUUUCUCGAAAAUUAUUGGAAAGACUUUGCAAAUUUUCUCAAAAAAAUUGGCUGAAAAUUUGUGAGGUCAGAGAUUUUGGCUCCAAUUUUUGAUGAUUUUUGAGCUACACUGACAUAGUUCGUAUAAUUCUGAAAUUGAAAAAAAUUUUAGAUAAUCCGGUUUACCAGAAUUUCAGAAAAUAUCAAAACUUUUAUUUUUUUUAGUUGAAACAGUGAAUUUUUGAGAGAGCCCAAUACUAUAAAAUCAUUUUCGAAAAUCUGCCCAAAUUUAACAUUUUCUCACUGAAACAGUGAAUUUUUUCCUAUUUUUGAAUUAUAUUUUUUUCAAUUUUUUUGUGAGAAAAAAUGCACUGUUUCAAUGAAAAAUUGAAAAGUUUUGAACAAUUUCUCGAAAUUAUUAGAAAUGAUCAACUUUUUCGAAAAUCUUGUGAAAUUUUUCUGAGAUUUCGAAAAUUUUCUCACAAAAUUUUGGCUGAACAUUUGAGAGGUUAGAGAUUUUGAUGCCAAUUUUUUUCGUGAUUUUUGAGCUACACUGACAUAGAAGAAUUUUUGAAAUUUAAAUAAUACGAUUCACCAGAGUCUCAAAAAAUAUUAAAAAUUUAUUAUUUUUUUUGAAACAGUGAAUUUUUGAGAGAGCCAAAUACUAUGAAAUAAUUUUUGAAAAUCUGCCCAAAUCUAACAUUUUCUCAUCAAAACAGUGAAUUUUUUUCUCAAAAUUCCAUAUUUUUUUGUUAAAAAUUUUAGUGAAAAAAAUUCACUGUUUCAAUGAAAAAUUAAAAGUUUUGCACAAAUGUUACCAACAAUUCGCAUGCUAAUGUCCGUUUGGAAUUCAAAUUUUUUUUCGCGGGGUGACUCUGAUUUCCAUAUUGAAAAUACUGCUUUUUGUGAGAAUCUUAUGAGAUUUUUGUGAGAUCGAAAUUCGUAAAAUUGUCCAAAGCUCACAUUUUCUCAUUGAAACAUUGAUUUUUUUUUUUCAUAUUUUCUGUUGAAAAUUUUUGUGAAAAAAAUCCACUGUUUCAAUGAAAAAUUGAGAGUUUUCGACAAUUUUCCAGAAGUAUUGAUGGAAUUGGUUUAAAUUCUUAAAAGAAAUUUUCAGAAUUCUAUCUUAAAAUUUUUUGAGAAAUUAUUUUCUAAAAUUAAAUUCUUUUUUUUCCGCAACGCUUCCGCUUCCGCUUCCGCAAAUCAAUAUUUUUCAAUUCCAGCAACGCAUCGGCUACGCCUUCUACCUUCAUUUAAUGGGAACACUUUGCUGGAUUGUCGCAUUCAUUUGCGCUCUAUUGACAACCUACAAAAUCGUGUCUGGAAAUCAAGAUGAUGACAGGUAAAUGAGUUCGACUAACUUGGGAAAUGCAGGCCGCGGAGCUGAUCAGAAUGCUCCAUAAAUCAGCUUCAGAGCUCCACGGGGAGCUGAGAAAAUAGCGUUUGAAAAUUGGGGCGAAUGGUGCAGCCGGUAAGUGCCUAGGUCGCCGGGUUGAAGGUCGCAGGUUCGAGUCCCCCUUGCGACUACUAAAAAUGAGUAGUCGCCAGGUGGACUCGAACCCGCGACCUCUUAACUUGAAACCUAGGCACUUACCGGCUGCGCCACCUGAAAAAUCAUUUUCUCGGCUCCCCGUGGAGCUCCAGAGCUCAUUUUCACACCAUUCUGACCAGCUCCGCGAGCACUUAUCAGCUUCUAUCCUAUCCCUAAGUUCACCUAAGUUAACCCUAAGUUUUCCCCUAAUUUUUCUAGCAAAGAAAAUUUGUUCACCUGGCAACAACAGCAGCAACCAACAAGCCUAAAUGUGUAAGUUAAUUUAAUUUUUUUAAUUUUCAAAAAAAAAUUCGCGGGUUGCGUUGCUGCUGUUGUUGUUGUUGUUGUUGUACAGUACCCCAGGUUACUGUAGAUUACUGUAGUUUUAGUGGUGGUUAGUGUUUGCAGAUUCGACACAAAAUUUGAUCAACGACAACAACAACAGCAGCAACAACGCAAUUAUCGAUCGACUUAUAUCAACUAGAAAAUUAUUGAUCGAUUUUUUUUCGCUAUGCACCUUUAAAUUUUCCAUUUUUUGUUAUGUUAUGUUAGUUUUUGGAUGUAGUUUGGUUGGGUUUUGGGAAAUUCACGGGUGAAAAAUUUGAAUUUGAAUUCGGCGCGUAAGAAUCGGUCUACAGUAAUCGGGAGUACUGUAGAUUAUUUUUGCGCGAAAAAAGAAAUUUUAAUCAAUUUCAAAAUAUCAAAUUUUAAUUUCCGAAAAAUUUGAAACCUAAAAAUUCCGGGAUUUUUUCGCAAGUUGAAAAAAAUUCAAAAUUCAAAUUUAGCGCCAGAAAAUCUACAGUAGGAAUUUUCAGAUGCCAAAAAAAAAUUCAAAUUUUUUUCCCGCGCCAAAAUUGUCUCUACAGUAAUCUAGUAGCUCUACACUAAAAGCUACAGUAUUUUUUUGAAAUUCUGAAAUUUUUUCCAACAAAUUUUGACAGUACAGUAUUCUUCUACAGUACUCUAGAAAAAUCUUUAAAUUUUGUAUUAGUCAAGUACAGUACUCCUAAAUUUUCAAAUGUUUAAAUUAUUCGCGUCAAGACCCAUCUACAGUAAUCUAGUAGCUCUACACUAAAAGCUACAGUAUUUUUUGAAAUUCUGAUUUUUCGCGCUAAAACUAUUUCCACAGUAUUUCAGCUUGAAAAUUUUUAAUUUGAAUUUUUAACGUACAGUACUCCUAAAUAUUUAAAAUUCAAAUUGUUCGCGUCAAGACCAACCUACAGUACCCCUCAUCCUCCUCCUCAAACCCUACAGUACCCUUCAAUUGUUCCAGACACGAUCUACCGUACCACCAUCGCGACGACCCUCCUCUUCUCCACGACAAAUUCACCACCGCCUUCCCUCCAAAUGCCACGUGGCGACCACAACCCGAAGUACCAUACCGUACCUCAAGUAUUCAACAAUAUCGGGAAACCAGUGCCUAA